GGGAGAAUGCAGUCAUGUGAUUGUUACUGCUUCCUCCCCAUGACAUCAUUGGUGUUGCAGCCAUAGCAGUAAAGAAAGGAUGCUACCAAAUCUGUGGGAUUGGGCUAAAUGAUGUUGCAUUGCAGAUACUAAUAUGGUUAAUACAGGAGACAUGAAUGGUUCUGGCAAUCUGAUGGAUUUUCUGGAUGAACCUUUCCCUGAUGUUGGGACUUAUGAAGACUUCCACACCAUUGACUGGCUAAGAGAGAAGUCCCGUGACACCGACAGACAUAGAAAAAUUACAAGCAAAAGUAAGGAAUCCAUAUGGGAGUUCAUCAAGAGCUUGUUGGAUGCCUGGUCAGGAUGGGUGGUGAUGCUUAAGAUAGGACUCCUGGCAGGCACUUUAGCUGGAGUUAUAGAUUUAGCUGUGGACUGGAUGACAGACCUGAAAGAAGGUGUCUGCUUAUCUGCGUUUUGGUACAGCCAUGAGCAAUGCUGCUGGACAUCUAAUGAAACCACAUUUGAAGACAGGGUCAAAUGUCCCCAGUGGCAGAAAUGGUCUGAGCUUCUAGUUAAUCAGUCUGAGGGCGCAAGUGCUUACAUCCUAAACUAUUUUCUCUACAUUAUGUGGGCUCUAUGUUUUGCUUUCCUGGCAGUCUCCCUGGUAAGGGUGUUCGCACCUUAUGCCUGUGGUUCUGGAAUCCCAGAGAUAAAAACCAUCCUGAGUGGUUUCAUUAUUAGGGGCUACCUGGGGAAGUGGACACUCUUAAUCAAAACUGUUACCUUGGUGCUGGUGGUGUCUUCUGGCCUCAGCCUUGGAAAAGAAGGUCCAUUAGUACAUGUGGCUUGUUGCUGUGGUAAUUUCUUCAGUAGCCUCUUCUCAAAGUACAGCAAGAAUGAAGGAAAGAGGAGAGAGGUGCUUUCAGCUGCAGCUGCUGCAGGAGUUUCUGUUGCCUUUGGUGCUCCAAUUGGCGGUGUCCUUUUUAGUUUGGAAGAGGUUAGCUAUUACUUUCCCCUGAAAACCCUCUGGAGGUCAUUUUUCGCUGCUCUUGUGGCUGCCUUUACACUGAGGUCCAUCAAUCCAUUUGGAAACAGUCGACUGGUCCUUUUUUAUGUGGAGUACCAUACCCCCUGGUAUAUGGCUGAACUUUUCCCAUUCAUUCUUCUUGGAGUCUUUGGAGGGCUGUGGGGGACACUUUUUAUCCGUUGCAACAUUGCCUGGUGCAGGAGGCGCAAGACCACCAGACUUGGGAAGUAUCCAGUGCUAGAGGUCAUUGUGGUAACUGCCAUCACUGCCAUCAUCGCCUAUCCUAAUCCGUACACCAGGAGAAGUACCAGUGAGCUGAUCUCUGAGCUUUUCAAUGACUGUGGUGCUCUGGAGUCCUCACAACUCUGUGAUUAUAUCAAUGACCCAAAUAUGACCAGACCUGUAGAUGACAUUCCUGACAGACCUGCAGGUCCUGGAGUCUACACUGCAAUGUGGCAGCUGGCCCUGGCUCUGAUUUUUAAAAUCAUCAUCACAAUAUUUACUUUUGGCAUGAAGAUCCCUUCAGGCCUUUUCAUUCCUAGUAUGGCGGUAGGAGCUAUGGCUGGAAGAAUGGUUGGAAUUGGAGUGGAGCAGGUGGCCUAUCACCAUCAUGACUGGAUCAUCUUCAGGAAUUGGUGUCGGCCAGGAGCAGAUUGUGUCACUCCAGGACUUUAUGCUAUGGUGGGAGCUGCGGCAUGCCUAGGUGGAGUUACAAGAAUGACUGUCUCCCUGGUGGUGAUUAUGUUUGAGUUAACUGGAGGUCUGGAAUACAUUGUUCCUCUAAUGGCUGCCGCUGUAACCAGCAAGUGGGUAGCAGAUGCGUUUGGAAAGGAAGGGAUCUAUGAGGCACAUAUCCACCUGAAUGGUUACCCAUUUCUGGAUGUUAAGGAUGAGUUCACACACCGAACACUGGCAACAGAUGUCAUGAGGCCUCGGCGUGGUGAGCCUGCCCUCUCUGUUUUGACACAGGAUAGCAUGACAGUGGAGGAUGUGGAGACAUUAAUCAAAGAGACUGAUUACAAUGGCUUUCCAGUGGUGGUUUCAAAAGACUCAGAGCGUCUCAUUGGAUUUGCACAGAGACGAGAAUUGAUUCUGGCAAUAAAGAAUGCACGACAGCGUCAGGAUGGAGUAGUGAGCAAUUCCAUUGUGCAUUUCACAGAAGAUCCCCCAGAGCUCCCACCCAACAGCCCUCAUCCUCUGAAACUACGGCGCAUUCUCAACCUGAGUCCUUUCACCGUCACUGACCACACACCGAUGGAGACAGUGGUGGACAUCUUUCGGAAACUUGGACUCCGACAGUGUCUUGUCACUCGCAGUGGGAGGCUGCUGGGCAUUAUAACUAAAAAGGAUGUCUUGAGACAUAUGGCUCAAAUGGCAAAUCAGGACCCUGAAUCUAUCAUGUUUAACUAGGCUGGUAAGAGGAGAUGGAAAGAAAUAACUUUGAAGGAAUCUCUUCCAGAGUAAUGUAAAGGCUACGAAUGGCAUUUCAUUUUGUUUAAAGAGAAAAAAAAGUGUGUGAGGACAGGCCCAAGUCAUGACAGGGGAGUGAAUGCAGGAUGGCACUUAAUUUAAUCAGGUAGGCAAUUCUGAAACUAUACAGCUGCAAAAAUCAAGCUGUGUUUCCUUAAUGAGUUUCCUAACAGCUGAGUUGGCAUGGAUGGAGGAAGUGUAAGUAAUAUGGUGUGUGGCAACAACCAGCCAGGGGCACCAGAGGA